AUGGAAAAACUGCUGAGACCCGAUCGUUUUGAAGCAGACCAAAAUUCACCCACAGCAGCCAAGGAGUGGUCUCAUUGGAAGAAAUUGUUCCAAAAUUAUAUUGCAGAGGCCAAACUAAAAGAGGAGGAUAAAUUAAAGGUACUCAUUAACUUUUUAAGCCACUCAGUGUAUGACCAUAUAAGCGACUGUAAAGAUUUCAGUGAUGCUAUUAAAAUUCUAGAUGGUAUUUAUAUAAAGCCUAAAAAUGAAAUAUUUGCCAGACAUCUAUUAGCCACAAAGAAACAACUGACAAGUGAAUCUAUUGACCAAUACUUGCAGUCUCUAAAGAUUUUAGCUAAGGAAUGUACAUUUAAAGCCGUUAGUCCCUCACAGUAUAAGGAUGAGUACAUAAGAGACGCAUUCAUUAAUGGUAUCAUGUCUAAUAGCAUCCGUCAACGUCUGUUAGAAAACGACGAACUAAGUCUAGAACGAGCAGUGAUGCAGUCACGAGCGCUAGAGAUGGCACAAAAGCAGUCUGAAGCCUACUCUAUGCCUGUAGAAUCUAUAAAUCAUGUAAAUACCGAAGCAGAAGACGAACAAUCUGAAUCAAUGAUCGCAGCCAUCCGACAAAAAUGUUUUUUUUUGCGGAAAACUCAAAACUCAAAUAAGUCUAAUACAACUACUUCGGCUUUUAUUGCAAAUCUAGCCUGCAUCUCUGCAAACUUACCGGGUGCUCUAUCAAAAACAGUUAUUAAAGUUAGAGUCAAUGAUAUGGAAGCAAAUGGUCUAGUGGAUACUGGAGGUUCAAGUAGCUUCAUAGAUGAUGAAUUUGUCCAGUAUCAUAAAAUAAAGGUAUUUCCUAAGAAGGGACAGGUAGUUUUAGCAUCUGCAGAGCAUUCAUCACACUUAAAAGGGUUUGUUUGCGUAGACUUAUCAUUGCAAGGGCACGUGUAUAAAGAUGUCAAAUUAUCAGUACUGUCAAAAUUAUGCACUGAUGUUCUCAUAGGUCAUGAUAUAUUACAGAAACACUCUAAAGUAGAAGUUACCUUUGGCGGGCCUAAAUCCCCUUUAUUAAUCUGUAAUAUGUCUUCAACAGCAAUAGAACCAAAUGUAAUAAAACCCAUGCCCUCAUUUGUAAUAGAACCUCCUCGCCUUUUCAAGAACCUAGCUUCCAACUGCAAACCUAUAGCUGUCAAAUUACGCCAAUAUUCUGAGGAGGACUAUACAUUUAUCAAGGAUGAAAUAAUUAAAUUAUUGAAUGAAAAUGUUAUUGAGGAGAGUAUGUCGCCAUGGCGAGCCCAGGUAUUAGUUACAAAAACUGAAAACCAUAAAAAACGCAUGGUAAUCGAUUACUCUCAAACAAUUAAUAGGUUCACAAUGUUAGAUGCCUAUCCUCUACCAAUAAUAAAUGACCUAGUUUCCAAAGUAGCCCAAUAUAGUAUAUAUAGUACUAUAGAUUUACAUAAUGCAUACCAUCAGAUACCGAUCCACGAGGAGGAAAGAGAUUAUACAGCUUUUGAGGCUGCUGGUCGCCUUUAUCAUUUUCGGAAAAUCCCUUUUGGAGUGACAAAUGGAGUGGCCUGUUUCCAAAGAGUGAUGGAUAAAAUAAUAUCAAAUGAGAACCUAAAUGGAGUAUACGCUUAUUUAGACGAUAUAACAAUAUGUGGAAAAAAUCAGUCUGAGCAUGACCUGAACCUGAAUAAAUUUCUCAAUGCAAUGAAAAAUUAUGGACUCAUACUAAAUGAAAAUAAAUGUCAGUAUUCUAUGCAAACAAUUACACUUCUUGGACACCAGAUCACGAAUAAAAGUGUAAGUCCAGACCCAGAUCGAUUGAAGCCUCUUUUGAAUCUACCUCCACCCAAGGACGCCAAAUCAUUAAAGAGGGUUUUAGGUAUGUUUUCUCAUUAUUCAAAGUGGGUUAGAAAAUUCUCAGACAAAAUCCAUAAUCUAAUACUUUGUAAGUCAUUCCCUAUGUCAUCAUCUGCAAUUGCUGAUUUUGAAAGUAUCAAGCUAGACAUUGCCAAUUCAGUAAUAAGUUCUAUCAGUGGUGAUGAGCCCUUAGUAGUUGAGAGCGAUGCCUCAAACCAUGCGUUAGCAGCAACACUUAGUCAGAAUGGGCGCCCUAUAGCAUUUUUCUCAAGAAGUCUCUCGAAUUGUGAAAAGAAACACCCAUCUAUAGAAAAAGAAGCUUAUGCAAUUGUAGAGGCAUUAAGGAAAUGGAGACAUUUUUUAAUAGGGAGGCAGUUCAAACUUAUAACGGAUCAAGAAGCCGUAUCUUUUAUGUUUAACUUGAAACAUUCAAGUAAAAUUAAAAAUGAUAAAAUUAUUAGAUGGAGACUUGAGCUUUCUUGUUUUAGUUUUGACAUACAAUAUCGCCCAGGAAAGGAAAACACUGUGGCUGACACUUUCUCAAGAGUAUGCGCUGUUGUAAAUAACUCUAACAUGUUAUCUGAUUUACACAAAUCUCUAUGUCAUCCAGGUGUUACUAGAAUGUUCCACUGGAUCAAGAGUAAGAAUCUACCAUUUUCGAUUGAAGAUAUAAAGAAGUUGACCAGUAGCUGUAAUGUAUGUGCAGAAGUAAAACCAAGGUUCUACAAAAAACAAGAAGGUCAUCUUAUAAAAGCUACUUCACCAUUCGAGCGAUUGAAUAUUGAUUUCAAGGGACCGAUACCAUCUAAGACUGGAAAUAAUUAUAUCCUUACAAUCGUAGACGAGUUUUCUCGCUUUCCUUUUGCCAUACCAUGCAGGGAUCUGAGCUCAGCCACAGUGAUAAAGUGUCUGUCCUACCUAUUUUCUAUAUUUGGUAUGCCAGCAUAUAUUCAUUCAGAUCGAGGAGCAGCUUUUCUCUCUCAAGAGCUCACAACUUUCCUGUGUACCCGAGGCAUUGCCACUAGCCGUACAACGCCCUAUAAUCCCGCAGGGAAUGGUCAGGUCGAACGGUAUAACGGAAUUAUCUGGAAGACUGUCCAGUUGGCUAUAAAAACAAGAGGAUUGAAAUUAGAACAGUGGGAAGCUGUAAUAGCUGAUGCCUUACAUUCCAUUCGGUCUUUGCUAUGUACUGCUACCAAUUGUACACCACACGAACGAUUUUUCGCUCAUCCUCGGCGCUCUUCAAAUGGUGGAACACUUCCGUCAUGGCUCAGCUGCCCCGGGAAAGUCUUCAUAAAGAAACAUGUACGUGCUUCGAAGUACGAGCCAUUAGUGGAAGAAGUGGAUUUAGUCGAAGUAAAUCCUGAAUACGCUUUAGUACGCUACGAAAAUGGUAGAGAGUCAAAUGUUUCGUUAAGAGAUCUAGCACCUGUGGGUGACAGAACAUUAUAUGAAGAACCUUCAGACAGAAUAGAUCCAAAAACAACACUUCAAGACACUCCAACCACAAGUGAGCCAAAGGAAGAGAUGAUUCAAACAGAUGCUAGUACAGAAGGAACAUCAAAUGAACUUGAUGGACCUCGGAGAACCACCAGAAAUAAAUCAACCCCUAAAUACUUAAAAGACUAUGUCACUAAUUAA